AUGAAUGUUAUAGUGUGGAAUUGUAGGGGUGCUCUGAAGCCCAAUUUUCAGAGGUAUGUUAGUGAGUUAGUUAGGAAUCAUAAUCCUGCUAUUUUGGUGGUUAUGGAAACGCGGAUUGGGGGAGACAGAGCAAAGGAGAUUAGUGAUCGCCUUUCGUUUGAUGGUGCUAUUCACCCGGAGUCAAUGGGUUACGCGGGCGGUAUUUGGUUGCUUUGGAAUUCAAACAGAGUUGGGAUUUCGCUGCUCGUGAGCACAGAGCAAGAAAUUCAUGUCGAAGUAAAGGUAUUACCUACUAACCUUUCUUGGAUUUUUUCUGCUAUGUACGCUAGUCCUAGAAUUGGGGAGAGACAAGUGUUGUGGGAAAACCUUACUAAAGUUACUGAUCUUCAUAGUAAACCUUGGAUAAUUGCGGGUAAUUUUAAUGAACCCCUCGCUGAGGUUGAUAAGUUUGGGGGUCGGCCAGUUAGUAUAAACAGAUCGUUGCUAUUCAAAGAUUGCUUGGAUAAAUGUAACAUGGUGGAUAUGGGCUUUAGUGGGCCAAAAUAUACGUGGAUGAAUAGAAGGGAGGUUAGCAGUCUUAUUCAAGAAAGAAUCGAUAGAUUCUUUAUGAAUCCUAGUUGGUGUCUGUUAUACCCGGAUGCCAAAGUGUCGCACUUAACUAGGUGCCAUUCAAACCACUGCCCUGUGUUAAUGGAAACUAAUCCCAAUAGGAAAAUGCAUCUCUUGAGACCUUUUAGAUUCCAAUCCUUUUGGCUGUCCGAUCCUUCCUUUCCUAAUGUGGUUAACCAGGCGUGGCAGCAGCCUAGGAAGUUGCUGGAAGCUAUGGAAGUUUUUUCUAAGCAGGCUAGCUUGUGGAACAAAAACCAUUUUGGAAAUAUCUUCCAAAAAAAGAAAAGGAUUGUAGCCCAGCUGGAUGGGGUGCAAAAGGCUUUGGCCAAUCAACCUUCUGCCUCUCUAGUAGCACUGGAGAAUCAUCUUAUUAAGGAGUUGGAUGUUGUGCUAGAGCAAGAAAAGGGACCUUUGGGCUUUAAAAUCUAG